AUGUCUGAAGAAAAGUUUGAAAGAAUUAAUGAUACUGAAGGGAUUUCAAACAAAACAUUCGAUUUAAGCAUAUCACCAGAACAGGAAAACAAAACAGAAAAAUAUCCAAAAAAUAUUCUGUUCGCACCCUUUGCAGAUGUAAACAGAGUUGAUGGUGUUGUACUUGAAGGGGUGUAUUUAUCACCGAGCGCUUUUGGGACAGAAAUUGCUUCUCCAGAAUUUAUGACGAUUCAAGUUCUAUCUCCACAAGCAUUUGUUGCUUCAAUUCUCUCUCCAAUGGCUAUGAUUGCUCGAAUUCUAGGCCCAUGGGCGUUCAGAGCUGAAGUUCUUUCACCUGAAGCUUUUAGUGCUUUUAUCUUAAAUCCUGAUGUUUUCAUGGCGGAAGUGCUAGCUCCAAAAGCUUUCGAAGCUAGAAUACUUAGUCCGAAAGCUUUGUUUAUGCAAAUACUAACACCAAGUAAAAUAAAAUGA